UCAGUUGAACGACGCACUUGCAGCGAAACGAACGGAGUAGAACCGGAGUAAUCGAUAUAACCAGACAGUGAAAUAUAUAUAUAUAGUGUGAGAUCAUGUGCAAAAGUUUGAUGAUUUGUAUGGCCAUCGCGGCGGCAGUCCUUGUGUCUGUGGUGCAGGGACAAACAGUUCCAGCCACUCCCGCAUCAUGCAGCAGUAUUGCCAGCAGUCUGAGUUUCAACAAUACUGACUUGAUGGGUACGUGGCUGGAAGUGGCCCGCAAUCCUGCAGCGAAUGCGUCCUGCAUUCAAAUAAGGGCGGAACUGUGGAAUAACACCAAUCUCCUGGUCAAUAUCAGCCACUCGAGCAGUGUCUCAUCCCUCUACAUGGAUGUGAACGAGAGCGCCAACAUUACGCUGGCCAGCGAUGGUGCCGCCUCAACGGCUGGCUACAAUGUGACAUUCCAAAAGAAUGGCGUAAACGAGACGGCCGUCUACACUAAGCUGCUGUCUUUCUCCGAUAAUUAUUUGGUGGGUUGCGCCUACACGGAUGCCGCCAAUAGCAACACUAGCUAUGGAUUUAUUCUGGCUCGCAGCGCUUACACGGCGGCAGGCAUUGCGUCGGCCAACAAUAAUGCCUCACUGUAUUACGCAAACUUCCAAAAUAACACCUACGGCAAUGUCACGCAGGCUGGUUGCUACGCCAGCUCUGCCAGUCAGACGCUGCCUUUGAUUACUGGCUUUCUGGCUCUGGCCAUGGCCCUGAUCUUCAAGGCCUAAGGGCACACACACACACACACACAAGCAACCCCCAAAAAUCAAAUGUAGAUUUCGUUUAUUAUUUGCCAUCAAAAAAUAAGACACUCCCAAAAAAAAAAAAAAAAAAACCCCCCAACAAAAAAACCUUUGCCUAAGUUAUUACGUCAGCUGUUUUAUUUAGUUUUUAGUUUACUUUAAAAACUUCCUUCAAUAAAAGACCGAACCAUAA